UCCGCCCGUGCGGCCGCGGGGCGCGGAGGUAGCGGCGGGAGGCAGGUCUUGCACUCUGUACCUGUCAGCCUUGCAGGCUUCUGGGCACAUCUCUCUUCAGCUAUGAGUAGAUCAAUGGGAUUUAACAUCUGUGUGGUCACCUGCAGCAUCCUGCUCUUGUCCUUCAGUCCACCAUGCUGUGCAUCUCAGCAAAUGGAGGAGAGGGACAUGACAAAGGUUCAGCAUGGCCCCUGGGCAGUGAAUGGUGUAGAAGAUGAAAGGACAAGCAUGCAGAACUUGAAAAAUAACCUGGGUUCUUCCGAGCAGCCUGUUUCUGAAGAGCCCUGUGGAGUGUCAGCAAAGCCAUCUGGGAUGCCUUUCACUGAAGCUUUCACUAUAGGAGAAACACAGCCUGUAAGACCAAGCCAUGUCCUUCCAGGCAGCCAGGUCCUGAAUGCUCACACCUCCCCUGCAGUGGUGGCUGUUGUAGAUGAGGAGGACCUAGGUCCUACAGCAUCAGAGCUGGAUGAGGACAGUGCAUUCAAGGCCAUGCUGACCACAGCUGUGACCACACUGAACCCUGCUGUCCAGGAGGAGUCUGCUGGUGGUCCUGUUGGUGGGACCACUACAGAGGGUGGUGUUGAAGUAGAGCACAGCUCUGCUGGUCUCUUGGAAACCCCCCCUUCUGGGACAACUGAGGAGGAGGAGGUGGCAGAGAGCAGCUUGCACCCCUCAGUUGAGCCUCAGCCCACACUGCACCCCAGCUCUCCCACCUGGGAAAUGACAAGUGACCACCCUGUCUUUCCAACUCCCCAGGCUCACAGCAUCUCCUCUGAGGUGGGAAUGCCACGAGCCCACACAGGGAGCCCUCUGAAGUCCCUGGCUGUGCGAGUGUCCCUGGCUGCCAAACAUCCCCCCACAGCAACAGAGGCCUCUCUGCACCUGGAAGCAGGGCUGGGUGCCAGGCAAGGGGACCUGCCCACCCUGGCUGGCACUCUCACCAUCCACCCUGCAGACACUGUGCCACCUGACUGGGAUGACACCAAACUGGGGGAUAUAAGUCAAAGCACAUCUCGAGAGGAGGUCGUGGAGGACCUGGGGGCAACAGAACCCUCUCAGCCCCCACAGGGAGGUGCUGGGGAGGAAGAGGAUGCAACAAGAGUGCUGCCACCCCCAGCGUCCCCUCCACCAACUCCUGGGCUUUCUGAGGAGACCAACUGCACAACACUGGUGCAAGGGGAGGAGGUGCCAGCACCUUCCAGAAGCAGUGGUGACACUUUCCCCACUGUGAACCUGACGGAUGUGGACAUGGCUGAUCUCAAUACCCUGGAAAACAUAAGUGUGGCCACAACAGAGGAGGGGAAGAGUAUCCUGCCAUCACAGCCAGAGGCUGCUGUGGUGAUGGAUACACAGUCUGAUCUCUUUCCUGCUCUGGAAAGCUCAUGGAAAGCUGUUACUCAGGAGGUGACAACAGUUGCCCAGGAGGCUGAUGCUCUUUCACUUGUGACACUGGCACCUGGUGCUACCCAGGGAACAGGAGCUGCCAGCUUUCUGCAGGAGAACAGUGGGGAAGACACCCAGAUGCCAACUGCUCCCAGUGCCACCCAGAUGUUGGUGUCAACUGAUACAUCCUCUAUGGUGAACUCUCCAGAUGUAGAAGAUCUCACAGAUGUGGUCCUGGUCACCAGUGAGAAGGCUGUUCCAGCUCCUGGUGAGUUGCCUGCUACUCAGUCUGGACAGAGGGAGGAGCCAUCCAGCAGAACUGUGGUCCUGGUAACUCCAGCAUCAAUGGCAUCUUCUGUCAGGAGGACAGCUCUUCCAUCUGUGAGGAGGAUCAGUACAGCUGUGACCUAUGGGCUGGACCGCCUGGAGUCAGAAGAGGGUGAGGAAGAGGAAGAGGAUGAAGAGGAGGAGGAGGAAGAGGAGGAGGAAGAAGAGGAGGACAAAGACAUAGACUCGAUGGAUGAAAGCAUGGAGGGUGACACAGAGCUGCCGGGUUUCACGCUUCCAGGCGAGACCUCCCAGGAGCCCCUAGGUGGCCUGGAAAACCCUGUAGCCCAGCUGGCUGGGGUGUCCUACCAGGUUCCUGACACCAUUGAAUGGGAGCAGCAGAACCAGGGUCUGGUGAGAAGCUGGAUGGAGAAGCUGAAAGAUAAGGCAGGAUACAUGUCAGGGAUGCUGGUUCCUGUAGGAGUUGGGAUAGCUGGAGCCCUCUUUAUCCUGGGAGCUCUCUACAGCAUCAAGAUUAUGAAUCGCCGAAGGAGAAACGGCUCAAAGAGACAUAAAAGAAAGCAGCGGGAAUUCAACAGCAUGCAGGACCGAGUCAUGCUCCUGGCCGACAGCUCUGAAGAUGAAUUUUGAAUGGAACUGCAGUGCCCUUGUGCUAGACUUUUGGAAGGAGGGAGGAGGAGGAAAAGAACAAGCAACUUCCUGCAGCCUGGCUGCUCUCUGCUGAUCCCGAGCCGCCGCGGGUCCCACCCCGGGUAACCGGCAUGUUCUGCUCUACGUGUCCCACACAGUCAUGUUUGUUUUGAGACAGUAGUGAGAUUCCACAUUCCAAUCCAGAGCCUCAUCCGGAUCCACAGCACCUCUUGUUACAGCUGGAGCUGAUGCGUAUGGAUUCUUCUUUUUCCUGUAAUCCUUGGUGUCCUGUUUUGGUCCUGGCUGGCAGUGAUCUAAUCAUAACAGUAGCUCUCACCUAACCCGGGCAUGGGAAUCUUUACUGUGAAUGACUUCUGUCCAGUCUGUUAAUUUUAAAUGUUACAUUACCUGAGCUAGAGUUUGUUAGUGCUAAGAUUAGCUGCUCUGCUUAAUUAAUGAGUUAUAUACUUGAACUGUAUCCCUUGUCACCUGAGAAGUGCCCGUGUACAGUGUUGUCGAUACAGUUGGAAGCACAUUUCUGCACUUGGUUCCCCUACUCUCACCCCCACCUUUCUUCCUUCAGCUCUGCUCCACGCUGCUUGGAGACACACAGGAAUGGCCCCAACACUUGAUUCACAACAAAAAUCCUAGUCCCUUUUCAGCCAGCAUUGUCUGUUACAGCACAAUAAAUACCAGCUCUCAUCUCCUGAUGGACAGUCCUGCAUGGAUCUCUUAGCUUUUGUUCAGUGUGCAAGUAGGUAAGAGGCAGGUUGGGGGCUUCUUCUGCCUUGUGGUUGAAGGACACUAGUUGUUGGGUCAUCUCCUUCAUGAAGCUGCACUCACACAGGGGUGAAAGUGGAGCAUCUCUCUCCUUUACCCACUGGGAGCUGCAUUUUCAUCCCCUGAAAGCUGAGUGAGCAGCAGCACCUUUGGGGGAUCUGGAUGGGGCUUGUCUCCAGACCACCAAAUGCAGAAGGGCACCAAAGGCUGUCAGUGUCGAGGGAUUCAUGGCUAAGAGUUGGAAAGCAGUGACAGCCACAGCUGGAGAGAUGUCUGCUGUGGGGAGGUGAAAUGGUCAUACUGGGAUCCCUUGGCCAUGGGGGAAAAGGUGAAGCUGUAGGGUGGGUGGCUGCAGAGGGUUGUGGAGGUGAAGCCCAAGGAUGACAUGGGGUGAGGGCAAGCUGCUGGGAGACAGCCAGUGUCUGAGAUGUUAUGGGAGCCAAGCAGGGGAAACUAGUGCUGCUUUGGACAGAAAUGCUGUCAAAAUAGCUAGAAAAAGGGCUGUUUUUCUUCAUCUCUGCUUCUGGUUCUGAAAUGACUUAAAUAUUUAUAUUUAUGCAGCACAUCCGUGUUUCUGAGGUGGGAAUCACUGUUCUGUGAGGAAUCAUCCUUCAUACAUGGAACAAUGACUUGCCAGAGGACACCUCCUUAGACAAAUAAGGUCAGACCACACAUGUACUGAGAUUAAAUCCCACUGAGUCUUUGAAGAUUUAGAUGAGAUAUUAGGAAGAAAUUCUUUGCUGUGAGGGUGGUGAGACCCUGGCCCAGGUUGUCCAGGGAAGCUGUGGCUGCCCCAUCCCUGGCAGUGUUGAAGGGCAGGUUGGAUGGGGCUUGGAGCAGCCUGGGCUGGUGGGAGGUGUCCCUGCCCAUGCAGGGGGGUUGGAACUGGAUGGUCUUUAAUGUCCCUUCCAACCUAAACCAGUCUGUGAUUCUGUGAUUCUAUGUGGAUGGGAGGAGAAUUUGAGGAGGGGCAUAUGCAGGGUUUCAUCCCUUGUAAAGGUGAAAAGGCCUUUCAGAUUGUGGUGUAGAUGAGGGUAAGCAAACGUCUCAUGGGCAUGUGAGUGGGUUUGCAAGGUAGAGAGGACAUUUGGAAGAGCUGCUUGAAGCUGAGUUCUCUCUUCAGAGAUUCAAGGUCUCCUCUGGACAUUAAGUUGUCGGAUGUGAUGUUCAGCUCUGAACAAGCAGAGCUCUUCAGAGCCCAGGUACUUUUCUGCAGGCCUUACCCACACAUCUACUGAGUCAUCUGGAGAAGGGCAGGGGGACAAGCUGGUUUCAAAAUGCUGGUACUAAUGCUGGUCUUUCUGUUGAAGAGCCAUGUGUGAUUCCUCACACAUUCAUCCUGCUAAGUGCAGGGAAAGUAGGUUGGGAGAGAGACAUUAAAAUCUGGUCCAUCAACAUCCUGAAGAGCCUUCACAUUCUAAUCCCUCUAGGCCAGGCUCCACAGUGUGUGCAUCUCUCCCUUUUCAUUCCUGAAACUUUGACCAGGAGAAUGUUGCCUUGCUAAAAGCAGCCCCACAUCUUUAGCAGGCACCAACUGGCAGCCCACUGUUAAAUCCAGGUGCCUCUACCCCAAAAUUGAAGCCUCUUUCUUCAGAAACAAGUGCAAGCUAAGAGGAACUUUUCCUUCCAGAUUACUCUCUCACAAUUUCCUUCUCAUUCCUAAGUCUCUUGGAGCUUGGAGGUGAUCAGGAGGUUUAAACAGUCCAGUUGAGCAUUGCUGGUUCUCUUGCAGUUUUAGGAGUCAGGAAAUAUUGUCCCUUGGACUCUUUGAUUAUAUGUUCCUGUCAAGGCUUGAUAAGGGUGGCAAGGUGGAAAGACUUCUUGUCUGUUCCAGCUUUCUUGAGAUCAUCUCCAGAAAGGCUUGACUUUUACAUAUGGAGCCAGGCAGGCUGGGAACAAGACUACACAGGCAGCUGCCAGAUGUUCUUGAAAUGCUUUACCCUGGGCCAGCCAAGGAGGCUUGGACAAUAAGCAGUGACAAAGGGCACUGGCAUCUCUGCAGGAGGGAGUGUCUUGCAGCAGAAAGGAUGGCAGCUGGGCUGGCUGAGUCCUUUGGAUGUGUCUGUAGCCUGAGAGACCCAAGAACUGACCCCCCUGCAGUGCUGGGUCCAGCUCUGGAGCCUCCAACACAAGAAGGACAUGGAGCUGUUGGAGAGAGACCAGAGGAGGCCAUUGGAGAUGAUCAGAGAGGGCUGGAGCAGCUCUGCUCUGCUCUGCUCUGGAGACAGGCUGAGAGAGUUAGGGUUGUUCAGCCUGGAGAAGAGAAGGCUCCCUCUGUCUUCAGCUUAGUUCUUCUUAGUGUGGAGGCAAGGACAGUCAAAAGCAGCCUUGGGUCCCAGUGAAGGUUGUAGGAGCCUUUGGAGCACAGUUUUCUGCAGUGCCCCUGACAUCAGUCCAAUUUCUGCAGGUCCUGAAAGCACAAGCACCAUUCAGCUCCUUCCCUUCUCAUCCAGGGCCAGUAGACUUUGGAUUUGGCUCUUAAAAUAUUCUCCAUACAACUCCUGGAGUUUGAUUCAUUUGCUUGACAUGGCCAGAUUGCAGGCAGGGAGGGGAGGAGGGUUUUGGGUGGGAGCUGAAGCCUCCAGUCUCUUAAUGCUCUGCAGAUUUAAUUUAUAGCUCUGCAUUGCCAAACAAGCAGGUUCUUAUGAAAGAGGCAGGGGAAGGAAAACAGCCAAGAGGGGCCCUCCUCAUCCUCCAUGUCAGGUGAACUGCAAGCCCCUGAAGGUGGAGGUGGGUUGUGACACUGCUAAGGCAGCCCUGAUCCCCUGCAGAGGCACAGCUGCCACGGUGACUUUGCUGCAGCAAUAACAAUAAUCUCUGGAUUUGGCACAAGAAGAGUCACUCACCUCUGCUUUGGGUUUUCCUGAUAGCACAAGCCAGAAUUUCAUGUAGGCAUCACACAACUGCUUCAGCACCUACAGCCCUGUUUCCAGCUGGAGGAACCAGCCUGCCUGACGUGCAGCUCUUGCCCUGAUAAAAUGCACCUGCACUGCUGAAUUUAGAGGUGUCUCUCAUGCCAGAUGUUCACCUAGGUGAGGUUUCUCUGGACUGCACUGCUUCCAUGGGGUGAUAUUAGCAGUCCUCAUGCUUUCUUGUGGUUUUCUAUUUCAGAAAAGAGCAACUCCUCAUACUGUAACUAUGGAAUGUAGCACUUUGUUAAAUUAAAACACUGGGAAAUAAAAGGCUGUCCAUCAUAUCUGA